AUGUUUGGUCUACCACAACAAGAACCUAGCGAAGAAGAAAAGAAGCUUCACCAACAAUCUACCAACAAGACUGUCAUGAACGCAGUUUAUGCUGGUGCCAUUCUAUGGCUCACCCCUCUAGCAUUGCAUUUCGUCAAGAGACAAUGGAAAUAG